AUGGGAUUGAUGGAUAAAUUGCCAAAAACCUGUUCGGUGAUCUUGGCGCAAUAUACAGAUUUUUGGGGAUUGAAAUCCAACGCCAUGCCAAAGGAUUACUGCUUUAUCUCAAACAUUAAAUAUAUUGAGGACAAUAUAUUGAGGACAUUUUACAAGCUACAAAUAUGCAAGCAUGCAAGGGUGUCGUACACCAAUGGCUCAACUCCAAGUUUGAGUAAAACCAUGGGCACACUUCUCUCUUCGGUUAAUGAGUAUAGACAAAUUGUUGGAGCAUUGCAAUAUAUUACCUUAACUCGUCCGGACAUCACUUUCAGUUUUAACAAACUUGCUCAAUUCAUGCAUUGUGCAACAACAGAGCAUUGGCACGCUUGUAAAUGUCUUUUACGUUAUUUACGGCAGACAUCUAGUCAUGGUUUGUUACUCCAACGUGACUCUUCCUUUGUUUUACAUUGCUACUCUGAUAGUGAUUGGGCAGGGUGCCCAAAUGAUCGUCGUUCUACAGGUGGUUAUCUCAUUUAUUUGGGAACAAACUUAGUAUCUUGGUCCUCAAAAAAACAACCUACUGUAGCAAGAUCAAGUACUGAAAGUGAGUACAAAGCUCUAGCAACUAGGCAACACAACGGCUGA